GACUGUGACAUCACCAAUGUCCUAUGACAUCACCAAUGUCCUAUGACAUCGCAAUAACUCCCCCACUUCAGGAGACACACAGGCUAAGGAGACUCAUUUCCUAUUGGAAAGCCGACUUAACAGGAAGCAAACCAAAGGAGACUAAUAUUAUUAUUCUAUUUUCUUCUGUGCGGCCAAAUACCAUGGCAGCACAGCGCAGUGCGCUACUGCUCUGCAUCCUGUACCUUCUCUGUGGUGCAGAGCUGUGUAAUAGCUGCUUCACCUGUCUGAGGACAGCUGCAGAAAGGGCAAGCAUUUGCCGAUAUGCACAAUCUAUGGAGAAGAUGGACGGCGUCGAGUGCCUGGAAAAGAUACGGAAAGGGUUUAAACCUUUGGAAAACAUCCCACUACCGUUUACAGAGAUUAACAAGAUUAGAGAGCAUCUGGGAGGCUUUAAUAUAACAGUCAGAGAGAUCAGACCAUCGCUCUCUGCAAAGGACUGGACAGCGGCAUUUGAUCUAAUGAUAAAGGAUUACAUCAAGGAUGUGAAAUCGAUCGCAGCCAAGAACCCAGCUGAGAGGUGUGUACCCAGGUGCGGGAUACAGAAAGCGGCACGGGUGUUUCUGUGUGAUGAGUGCACAGUGCAGGACUGCAAUGCGGCUGUAGAGUGUCCCCUGGAGGACAUCUAUGCGAAGGAGCGCGAACUGACCAACAUUUUGUGCGUUCCACCUUUCACCCUCCCCAGCACAAUAACGGUAACAUGGAUGUUGGCCCGGAACCUCAGGGUAGCGGACAUCAGUUAUUGUAAAACCAUAUAUACGGGGGAAGAUGUGCACAUCCUGAUUAAUCCCACUCGUAAAUACCACGAGGGAACGUACGCCUGUCAGGUUAGGGAUGCGGACGACGAUGUGAUAGCGGAGAUGUUUUAUUUCCUGAAUGUCACCCGGAGUAAAGCAAUCGAAUACUCCGAGCUGGAGGACGCUUUCAACGAGGUCGUGAAUUCAGAAUUCAAUCCAGAGGAGGAGCAGGAGCCAGAGCAACCGCCGUUACGCACCAGUAUUGAGGAUAUGAUCAAGCAUAAGAUACUAACAAGCACCAAAUUCUGCGUCAUCCUCACAAUCGCCUUGGCACUGGUAAUCAUGGUGCUGACUAUACUGUGUGUACAUCUGUGCUCUCAUGCAACGAAUGUCGAGGAUCCAGAUGAUGUGUGAAGAAGCUGCGCAGCUGGACCCCGGAACUGUUCUAUUCUCCUGCUCUCGCCGCUGCGCAACUCGGCUGCUGUACUGCCUGCAGUCUGGGACUUUCCAAAUCUGACACAGCAAGCAGUGAUGCCCCCAGAAAAUAGCAUUGCUCCAGGUAGCAAAUAGAGACGCCUCCAGUACUCCACCCCACCUCCAGUUAGAAUGCCAUCUGAGAGAGAGCAACUGGGGGUGUAGG